AUGCAGCAAACGAAAACGACACACAAAAUCGAGGUUAACUUCUAUGGUGACAGGAGCCACGGAACCACAGUACACGAGACAGAAUCCGUUGACAAUGCACUUCCAACUGAAGAAACAGGAGAGGCUGAUGAUGUUGUAGAAAUGAGAACUGCGGUUGUUGAAGAAGUGUCAAGAAAAUCUCAACAGCCAAUAACCUCAAGACCUGGUUGUAAUAAAAAACAAAAGAAAAAUGAGGAUCUCACAACAGAAACCUUGAUGACAGUGCGUGACCAUUUCAAAACACCCAAGGAACAACUUGACCGCUUUGAUCUGUUGGGAAAAACUAUUGCUGUAAAGUUGAGAGGUUUGGAAAAACGCCAGGCUCUCAUUGCGGAGAAAAAGAUAGGUGACAUAUUAUUCGAGGCGGAAAUGGGUUCUCUAAACACAGCGCCAAUAUACCGUUAUGCUGCAUCACCAAGUCAGAGUCCUUAUACUACCCCAUGUCCCACGCCAUCUCCAACAUAUGGACAAGGUUCAUGUACAGCGUUAGCAAGUCAAUCUCCUAAUGUCACUCCAUGUCCCACGCCAUCUCCAACAUACGGCCAAGGUUCAUUUAGACAGUUCCAUAAUGAUGGAAGUGGACAAUUAUCCUUUUCUCAGGACAACACAGCAUCGACUUAUUUUUCUCAAUUUGAUGCCAAUUCAUGA